AGAGAACCCAGCGCAGUACCAGCGCGCGUAUCGCGAGUGUAUCGUAGGAAGAGGUUUUUGUAUUGUAAAAAAAAAUCGGCGACAGGUGGUUGUGGGUAUAGGACAACCGUGUGGGUAUUAUAAGGUGGAUUUUGUUCUCCUUGCUGUGAUAGAAUUCGGGGGGUUAAAAUGCGAUGUUUGUGGACUUGGGUGAUGUGAGUUUCGUUGGUUGAAUGUGCGGUUAAUUGUUUAUUUGUGCAUCCCUUAAUAAGGAUAUAUUUGAUUGUGGCUUGCUUCGAGUAAAGAUCCUUCGGAUGGCGUCCGUUUUCAGGAUAACAUUCUCGAUUAUUCUUCUGCUGUACUUGCCAAAGAUCCAAGCUCAAGGACUAUGUGAGGUAGAGAAUGGAGCGUCUAAUAUAAUCCUAGAUAUAGAAGAAAGCAGGGGAACUUCAAUUAGUCAAGAAACGAAUCCUCCAGAGUUACCAAUUACAGGAGAGCCUAAUGUAGAUGUAUUUUUGGAUUUGUCUUUCCCCAAAGGAGUGCCGUUGUUUUUUCUCAAUGGUAAAAAGCUCCAGUUGCUGUCUCCUAUCGAUAGGGAUGAGAACAAUCUAUCGCAUAUCGUAUUUCAGUUAAUUUGUACUGUUAAAUCGUCUCACAAGAAGAAGACUAUUCCUGUAAUCGUAAGACUGACUGAUAUUAAUGAUAAUGCACCGCAUUUUAUUAAUACGCCAUAUGAAACCACCAUUUCCGAGUUGACACCAGUGGGCACCACGAUUUUCCAAAAUAUCAUAGCUAAGGACAAGGACACGGGAGUCAACGGACUGAUCGAAUACUCCAUAGUAAAAGCUGAUCACCUGCCGCCCGACGACGAAGGCAUAGGAAAUCGACGGAUACACAGCGAGGACGGUUUCGGAUAUUUCGCCAUAAAUUUACCUCAUCAGGGCCAAGUCACCGUGAACAGGACGUUGGAUUUCGAAAAAACUCAAAGAUAUUACGUCACAGUAGUAGCCACUGACAGGGCGAGAGAUCCCUCGCAACGAUUAUCCUCCACGACUACACUAACAGUGAACAUUCGAGACGACGAUGACCUACCCCCUUCUUUUAUCUACAAAAAUUGCAUACUAUCCGAUGGGAGCUGCAUCAAUCCCGAGUACACAGCAUCGGUAUCCAGCGGUGUCCUCCAAGGCGUCCUCAACGUCUCGCCGGAGAAGAUCCAGGCCGUCGACAUGGACACCAUAAAUUCCCCCAUACGAUACUCCUUCGUCAGCGGGACGCCCGAGACCUACAGCGAUUAUUUCAGGAUCGACGCCGACGCCGGCCAGGUGCAUCAAAUCAAGCCCGUCGAUACGUCCACCAUCAAAAACUUCACUAUAAUUAUCAAAGCUCAAGAAGUCACCGGAGCGAAGCGAUCCACCACCGCUAAAUUACUGAUCACCGUGAAACCCGUCGAUGCGAAUCCCCCCGAAAUCGAGUUAUCCUCCAAAGAAGGCUUCGUUAAGGAGAACUCCCCUAUGGGACAAAUGGUUGUAGACGCCCGAGGGGAUCCCAUCACUGUCAGCGUAGAUGAUAAAGAUUUCGGUCCAGGAGAUUCGAAACCUAGCUACACCUUCGAAUUGACCACUCCUUACUUCGCUAUCGAUAAAAACAACCAUUUGGUGGUGAAUGAGAACCACUUGGACAGGGAUCCCCCGAAUCCUGGGAAAUUCAAGUUCCAAAUCGUUGCAAGAGAGAAGCACAGUGUAGCUGCUAGCGCCCCCAUGUCUGUUACAGUACAUUUGUUAGAUGUUAACGAUAACGCACCAGUUUUACCCAUCAUUCCACCUGUAACUAUUCCAGCAGGAGAUGCUAAAAGAAUCGUCACCACCAUACAAGCUACUGAUAAUGAUGAAGGCGUAAACGCUGAUAUAACCUACUCGAUUUACCACGUAUCUAACAACGGUAACAACAAAUUCACCAUAAACCCCAAGACGGGCGUUAUAGAAACCGUUGGGAAAUUGAACGCCGGUGAGCAAUACAGUCUAACCGUUCAAGCGACCGAUUCUGGCGGGCUCUACAGCCAGGCUAUAGUCGAAGUUAACGUGAGUCCCGGUCCGAACACUCAACCACCCGUAUUCGAGCAAUCUGUAUACGAUAUAGAGGUCAGCGAAGGUGUAACUAUCAAUUCCACCAUUGCUACUAUUGUGGCAACAGAUCCAGAAGGAGAUCCAGUCACAUACUCCAUCGUAUCCGGAAACGAUUUGAGACAGUUCGCUAUCGGCUCGAAAAGCGGAAUAAUCACGAUAAUCAGGCAAUUGGAUAGAGAAGAUUUAAACACAUAUCAAUUGGUAAUAAAAGCGGAAGAUGCGGGUAAAUUAUCGAGCAGAGUAAGAGUGAACAUCAAAGUGACGGACGUCAACGAUAAAAACCCGGAAUUCGUCGGCGAUCCGUACCAUUUUACGGUCAAAGAAGGUGUUAACAGAACCAGCGUGGGUUUCGUGAAAGCUGUAGAUGCCGAUGAAGGCGUUAACGCCAAAGUGACAUAUUCUAUACCGGGCGAUUUGCCCUUCGAUAUCGAUACAACGACGGGGGAAAUUAGCACUAACAGGCCGUUGGAUUACGAGAAACAACAGGAAUACCAUUUCGUAGUAACAGCUAAAGACGGAGCAUCCGAUGCUAGAAUAGCAACUGCAACAGUUUCCGUCGAAGUGUUAGACAUCGAAGACGAACUACCGGUGUUUCUGGAACCUCUAUACAAAGCUACAGUACCUGAAAAUAUACCGGAUUAUUUCGUAGUUAAAGUAGAGGCUAGCGAUCCGGAUUCGGUGAAGAAGAUUACCUACGUGAUACACCAAGGUCCCACCGAUUUGUUCCGGAUUGAAGAAACAACCGGAUCGAUUUACACCACGAGAGGGCUCGAUUACGAAAAGGAAAAUCAACACGUUCUCAUCAUCGGUACUUUAGAAAACAUGUCCAACAAAAACGGCAGUACCACGAAAGUUAUAGUAAACGUUGAGGAUAGGAACGAUAUCCCGCCUGUUUUUACGAUAAUUCCACAUCCUAUUACUUUAGAAGACGACGUUGCCAUCGGUACUGUAGUCACCACAUUGGUAGCUACCGAUUCGGAUGGUACUGCUCCCGGUAACAAGGUUAGAUACGAAAUAGUGGGCAGAGGCAAAGCGGUAAAAUACUUCCAAAUCGAUCCGGAUACCGGAGUGUUGCGCGUUACAAACGAUUUGAAAAAGGAAAUAGACACCGAGUACCAGGUGGACGUUCGAGCCUUCGAUAUGGGAGAUCCUCAGCUAUCAUCGGUGAUAACAGUAGACGUUUACAUACAACACGUGGCGACUGUAGCGCCAGAAGUGGGCCUGAGAUUCGCGGACACCUCGUACAACGUGCACGUGCCGGAGAACGCGACGAUCGGUCACAAAAUCAAAACAUUGACCAUCGUCAACAGCCAAACUCACGGCACGAACAUCCCGUUGAAGUGCCAAAUCGUGUCCGGCAAUCAGGAGAAGAAAUUCCUGGCGAACGUGACGGAGGACAGGAACUGCGCGCUGUACUUGAACGACACCUUGGACUUCGAGACGCAGGAUUCCUAUCGCUUCGAGGUGGAGAUCAUGUCGCUGAAGGGUUUCAUCAACAAGGAAUUCUCCGUCGCUCAGGUGGUCGUUAACGUGAUCGACGUUAACGAUAACAGACCGUUCUUCAUCUACACGUCGAGCGAAUACGAGAAAUACUAUUCGGCCAUCGCUGAUUCCUCGCCCAUUUCCACUACCGUUAUACAGGUCAGGGCGGAUGAUAAAGAUAGCGGGAAAUACGGGAAAAUCGUGUAUGCUUUAACCGGAAAUUUAAGCGAGGAGUUCUUCAGCAUCGACUCCUUCACCGGGAUCAUCAAAACUAAGAAAUCUCUCGAAGACGUCGACGAAACUAUUCUUCCUUUUAGAAUCGAAGCGGUAGCGCGCGACAAUCCGAAUUCCACCGAUGAUUUCUUCGAAAUAAAAACCCCCGUGAUAGUGAAUUUGAUAUCGCAAGUUAAUAGACUGGUGCUGGUCAUCGGAGAUGCGAAGCCGGACGUUGUUCAAACGAAGCUCGACGAUAUCAGGAGGAUCAUGGAGGAACAGUCCGGAUUGAUAGUGGGAGUGGAGAAAUUGACUUCGAGGGAAUAUAUCGGGGGGAAUAAUACUUUGGAAAUCGAUCCUGCGGCUACGGAUGUUUGGUUCUACGUGAUCGAUCCCGAAACUGACGAGAUUUUGAGCAGGAACAGUUCGUUAGUUCAAAGAUCAAUUAUAGACAAAUCGGCGAUGACUAACAUUACGUUCGAUAUUACUAGUCAAAUCAAACAAACGGCUAUCGAUAUACACCAGCCUUUGGAUAUAAAAAAACCGAAGAAAACCGCCAUAGCAGCUUUCAACACGGAUUUGUUCCCUUACGGACUGAUAGCGCUCGGUGCAUUAGUCGGUAUAUUAGGUUUACUCGGAAUUGUGUAUUUGUGCGUCUUGUGGUCUAGGUACAAGUCGUUUAAGGAGCAAAUCCAGCGACCAUACACGAUACCAUCGAGUCCGAGUAGAUACGAUACGGUGUACGUUGAGCCGAAUCUCAAAGAGUACGAGACCCAGGUACUGCAAAUGUGCGUACCGCUCGACGAUCAGGAGGAUUUCAACGAUUUGCAUCUGGAUUUUAGCAAUAAAAAUCACACGUUUACUUUGGAUAACGUGAGCUACAUUGGGAAGGAAAACAAUCACAAAAAAUACAGUCAGCAAAGUCCGGUCAGUAGUGAGUCCGCUACAACAGCUAGGGCGUCUAGCGUAGGGGAUUCCCACGUGAUGUCUAAAAACGAUCAUUCCAGAAAGGACCAUUUCUACAGGUCGUCUGAUGAAGAUGAAAUGAACGCCAGUCCGACCAACGACAAUGUUAUGUUCAAAGAAAAGAAAGACUACCUGAAUUUGGGUUUUACGUACGAUCAUUCGCCCGUUGAAACGACAACCGAGCUGUAAAUACGUACUUAAAAGAAAAACAUGUAUAGUCAUAAAAUAAUUUAUAUUGUGUGUUAAAUCAAUCAUUAGAU